AUGACCUGUUGCUGAAUGCGGAAACGACGCGAACAUAUUUAUAUGUCGAUUUAUUUAUUACCUGGAGUUACCUGGGCGUGAUUAGCAAAGUAUACACACAUCAUAUGUACCUCAAAUUACAUCAUUUGGCGAUCACUGUCCUGGUUAGUGAAAUCACAGUGAGAAACGACAUUGAAGAACAGCACAGUGAACUGAAUCGGAACGCAUAUUUAUACGACUAAAUUGCAAUUCAAGGUCCAAUCUCUUCUAUGGUGUUGAUAUUAGAAUAAGUGACACGGCAGCUUAAGUUCAUUAAAACAUCAUUGCAAUAAACAAGCUCUGAAAUGAGUUUUCUAAGACGUUACUUGAAGGGAUGGGGAAGUAGAUUUGCCCCUAGACCCGACCCCAGACCAACAAUCAGAGAUACGGGAAGGGGGUCCAGUAAGAAUAAAUCUGGAUUUUCGGAGGAAGGUCAAGGUCAAACCUAUGAGGAAAUCAAAGCAGAAUGUUUGGAAUCAGGUGGACUUUGGGAAGACCCUGAUUUCCCUGCGGAAGACUGCUCUAUAUUCUUCAACAGUCCACCACCGUGUUACCCGGUAGAGUGGAAACGCCCAAGUGAGUUUGCUGAUGAUCCACAACUAAUAGUUGGUGAGGCAAGCAGGUUCGAUAUCAAUCAAGGGGUCCUCGGAGACUGUUGGUUACUAGCAGCAGUGGCCUCUUUAGCAACCAAUGAAAAGCUUCUGUUCAGGGUUGUGCCACAAGAUCAGUCUUUCUCUGAAGACUAUGCAGGUAUAUUCAGGUUUCAAUUCUGGCAGUAUGGGCGCUGGGUUGAAGUGAUUAUAGAUGAUAGACUCCCCACAUACAACGAUAAACUCAUCUAUAUGCAUUCUGAAGAAAGGAAUGAAUUUUGGACUCCUCUUUUGGAAAAGGCCUAUGCAAAAUUGAACGGAUGUUAUGAGAGCCUUUCCGGUGGGCUUACUUGCGAGGCAAUGACUGACUUCACAGGCGGAGUUGUGGAACUAGUUGAUAUGGCCAAUGACUGCCCAGAUAACCUAUUUAAAGUCAUGCUUAGAGCUUAUGAAAAGGGCUCCAUAAUGGGGUGCUCCAUUAACGCUAACCCAGACGAGAUGGAGGCGAAGCUUGACAACGGUCUGGUGAUAGGCCAUGCUUAUAGUGUCACAGCAGUAAAAUACGUGGAGGUGGAAACUCCAACAGCAUCAGGAGUGAUUCCAAUGGUAAGAGUGCGGAAUCCAUGGGGAAACGAAUGCGAGUGGCGCGGAGCUUGGAGUGACUCGUCAGAAGAAUGGCAGUUUGUACCGGAUGAUGAAAAGGAAGAGUUGGGGCUAUCCAAGGAAUAUGAUGGCGAGUUUUGGAUGUCAUAUGAAGACUUCUCCACAAACUUCAUGCGACUAGAGAUAUGUAACCUUGGCCCAGAUUCCCUCGAGGAUGACGAUGGCAACACACGCUGGGAAAUGACAUUACAGGAAGGGUCAUGGAGGCGGAGAUCCAGCGCUGGGGGUUGCAGGAACUAUCCAAGAUCUUUUGCGAUGAACCCCCAAUAUAGAAUAAACAUCCCAGACGCUGAUGACGAUGACGAUGAAGAGAUGGGAACCAUUGUUGUUGGCUUAAUGCAGAAAGGCCGUAGGAAACUGCGUAAAACUGGCGAAGAUAAUCAUCCAAUUGGCUAUGCAAUAUAUCAGCUUGAAGACUCUGGAUCUGGGACUCUACCGAGUCAAUAUUUCGAAACGCAUGCAUCUGCAGAUCGUUCCCCAAACUUUAUCAACACCAGAGAGAACAGUUUCCGACAUCGUUUGACACCCGGGGAAUAUGUUAUCGUUCCAUCUACAUUUGAUCCCGAUCAAGAGGCAGAUUUUAUAUUGAGGGUGUUUAGCGAAAAACCAAACGAGACAGGUGAGAUAGACGAGGAGACGGCUGUUGGUGGUGAACUAGAGGAUCCACCAGAAGAUAAUGAAGAGGACCAGGAACAGGCCAAUCGGGCAUUAGAAGCAUUUAAGAAUCUAGCUGGGGAAGACGGUGAAAUAGACGCAUAUGAACUGAAGGAUAUUCUUAAUCAGGUCUAUGGACAGCAUUUCGAUUUCGGGGGAUUCACAACUGAUGCUUGCAGAAGUCUUGUUGCUACUAGAGACCUUGAUUAUACUGGUAAACUUGGAUUCGAGGAAUUCCGAGGACUCUAUGGUGACCUCAAACUAUGGAAGCAAGUUUUUAACGAGGUAGAUAUUGACGGCAGUGGACACUUCAGCAGUUAUGAACUUCGAUCAGCCCUCAAAAGACUGAAAUAUCAGCUGAGUAACUCAACGUUUAGUGCUGUGGCGAUGAGAUACAGCAACAAUGAAGGACUGGUUGAGUUCGAUGAUUUCAUCAGUUGUAUGGUUAAGCUGAAGACAAUGACAGCCACCUACAUGAGCAAUGAGACUGAUGAUGGAACGUCAACAUUCCAAAUGGACGAGUUCAUGCAGACGACCAUGUAUUCGUAGAUAGUUGAACAAGAAUCUCAAACAGAAAGUUUAUGCAAAUGACCAUGUAUGCUUAAUUGGUGAUGUUAGACAUAUACGCUUAGCUUGGCAACAAGUGACGUGAAAAGGAUAAGGACGAGCAAUAAGACUACAUAGAGCAUUGAUAUAGACUCACUUUAUAACGAUAUUAUUAUCAUACAUCAUUGUAUGUAUGUUGCAAUAUAUUUUUUGAGUUUAAGGUAGUGGAAUAUUAAUGUAUUAUUUGUAUAUCUUCACGUUCAAAGCAUAUUCAAGUACAAAACAAGUGCUGCGAUUCAUUACCGUAGUACUACCAUUUUUUGCUUUACAAUAAGGGAGGACUCAUUUGAACAUAAAUUAUCCAUUUGGUUGAAACGGACUAAAACAAGUUACAACUAUCCAAAUAAUGGAUAACUGAACGCUGAAAAUGUUAUUUUUACAGACAUUUUCUGCUGACUAGCUGACAUUUUUUAAGGAUUUAGAACAACAUAGCUUACUAUAUAAUUAUUUUAUAAAACAAGUAUUUUACUAAAUAUAUUAUACCAUUAUAUAAGACAUGCUCUCUUUAUUUUGUUGAUUUACAAAUAGACUCCCCACUGUAUCGUGUUUGUGCUUUACAUAACCAGUUUAACUCGUAUAUUUGCCAAUUCAUGCUCGUAGCGACCAAGGGUUCGAGGGGUCCGUGCGAAACCCCUGUUAAAGUUCCCCCAAAUUUUACCUUGUAACAGAAUUUCGU